GGGGAAUGGGUUCACCUACGCGCAGCUCAAACAGCAGAAGAGGAAAUGAAAUGAUGAGGCUUCUUGUGACAACCAUUGUCGGAGUUGUGAUUGGUAUUUUCUUAGGCGUAUCGUUUCCUACACUUUCAUUGACCAAGCUGAACUUACCUUCUAAUCUUUUUGGGUUAAUUAAUCUCACUUACAUUGAGGAGAAAUAUUCAGGCCUCUCAGCGCAAGAUCUAUUAAAUGUCUUGUCUUCCCUUAAGAAAUACAGAGGCCAUUCACACGGCCACAAGCAUUCCGACACAAAGAUUUGGGUUCCAUCAAACCCUCGAGGUGCUGAGAGGCUACCAGCGGAUAUCGUUGCAUCUGAGUCUGAUCUUUAUGCUCGAAGGUUGUGGGGCCUACCCCGUGAGGACUUGAUUAUCAAACCUAGGUAUCUUGUUUGCUUUACAGUUGGCUACGAGCAGAAAAAUAACAUAGACGUGGCAGUGAAAAAGUUUUCAGAGAAUUUUACCUUCAUGUUGUUUCACUAUGAUGGUCGAACAAGUGAAUGGGAUGACCUUGAGUGGUCAAAGCGGGCUAUCCAUGUUAGUACACGAAAGCAAACUAAAUGGUGGUAUGCAAAACGCUUUCUGCAUCCGGAUAUUGUAGCACCCUAUGACUAUAUAUUUAUCUGGGAUGAAGACUUGGGGCUUGAGAAUUUUGAUGCAGAGGAAUAUAUAAAGUUGGUAAAGCAACAUGGGUUGGAUAUCUCACAGCCUGGUGUAGCAUCAAAUAGUGAGUUGCCAUGGCGGAUGACAAAAAGACGAAAUGACACUGACGUCCACAAGGAAACAGAGGAAAGACCUGGCUGGUGCACUGAUCCGCACUUGCCACCAUGUUCAGGAUUUGUGGAGAUCAUGGCACCUGUUUUCUCUAGAGAUGCAUGGCGGUGUGUUUGGUAUAUGAUCCAGAAUGAUUUGGUCCAUGGAUGGGGUCUCGAUUUAGCUCUCAGGAAAUGUGUGGAACCAGCCCACGAAAAGAUAGGAGUGGUAGAUUCUCAGUGGAUUGUUCAUCAAACUGUCCCUUCACUCGGGAACCAGGGACAAGCAGAGAAGGGCAAAGCACCAUGGGAAGGGGUAAGAGAAAGGUGUAAGAGAGAGUGGGCAAUGUUCAAGGAGCGUAUGGCUGGUGCAGAGAAAGAUUAUUACUACAAGACAAAGGGAAUUGAUCCCCCUAAUUCUACAUCUCAUUAGGUGCAAUCUAUUGCUGGACAAUAUACUAUAUACAAUUGAGUGAGCUGUUGAAAGUACAUUAUCAUGCAACAAUGAUUUUGUAACGGGAG